GAAGAAUCUUUCUCAUCUGUCUCUUGAUUCAGAUGCAGGAGGCUGAGCUCAGUGGAGGGAUAACAGGGCAAAAUCCCAUAACGAUCUUAAAAUCCCUGAGUGCUUAGGAGGGCAUCUCAAUCAUUCAGAUAAUUCUGAUGGUCCUGCAGCCCAGGGGGUGUGCAUGAGGACUCUGGAGGAUCAGGACGUUUUUCUUCUCCUUCCCAGCAAGUGUUAGAGGGCUGGGCCCAGGAACCAUGAGAAUCAACAGGAGUCUUUCCAGUGUGGGCUGUGGAUCAUCGUCUGGAUAAAUAAAUAGAAGGGAGUAACAAAUAACAUGGUUCUAACAAAUAUCCUUGGAAGUAUAAAUGCCUUUUGCCAUGACUCCAUCCAAACCCCACACAGGAAAAAAUUUCCCUGUUUCUGUGCUGCUUUUCCAUCUGCCUUUCCCCUGCGACUUGGGAGUGUUAAUUCAGGCACCUUGGCUGGAAAGCAGAGCAAGGAAACCUCGUGGGGAUUUCUCUGGGGGUGAGGAGUGACCUCCAAGCCAAGCACUUUAGUUUGUCCUUGUGACAAACCCCCCUUGUCUGCAGCCCCAGCUCCCAUCCUCGGCAUAACCCUUUGCAGAAUUCGAGUGGCUCUGUACAAAUAAACGUUGUAUUGUUCUUUCCUGCGGGAUUCCAGCCUCUGGGCUGAGGUUUCCACGUGUCCCUGCGUGCUGCUGCCUUGCAGCGACACCUGCUGCGCACUCCCUGGAGGAGAGGGGUCCCCAGCAAGGCCAGCUUUGGCUUUCAAGGUGUAGGAUUUUGGCAGAGCUGGCCAUGAUGUUAUGGUUUGUGGUGGGGGCCUUGUUCCCAGCGCUGCUCCUGGCUGCUCCUCCGCCCAUCAACAAGCUCGCCCUCUUCCCGGACAAGAGCGCCUGGUGCGAGGCCAAGAACAUCACCCAGAUCGUGGGGCACAGCGGCUGCGAGUCCAAAUCCAUCCAGAACAGGGCCUGUCUGGGACAGUGCUUCAGCUACAGCGUCCCCAACACCUUCCCCCAGUCCACAGAGUCCCUGGUUCACUGCGACUCCUGCAUGCCAGCCCAGUCCAUGUGGGAAAUUGUGACACUGGACUGCCCGGGCAACGAGGAGAUCCCCAGGGUGGACAAGCUGGUGGAGAAGAUCCUGCACUGCAGCUGCCAGGCGUGUGGGAAGGAGCCGAGCCCCGAGGGAGCGCUGUUCAACGUGUACCUGAACGCCGAGGAGAGCAUGGCCCCCGAGGGGCCCGCGGCCCUGCAGCACCCCCAGCACCCGGAGCUGGAGGAGCCGCCGGCCUCCAGCCACCACCAGCACGAGGAGGAGGGCGAGGAGUGACCCGGCCCCUGUGGACUG